UAGCAGAAGAUGAGUCUGGCAGAAGCAAAAAGAACACCUACUUAAAAAGGGAAGAAAGACACUGUUUCUCCUGCUCCAUUUCACUUUCCCCUUUCUCCAUUACUCUCUGUAACCCUAACCCUCCCUCUCAAUCAAACACCCAAAAUGCCUUGAUUCCACUCUCCGAUUCGCCGCCGUAAGUUCCUAGUCCGUCAUGGAAGAUGUCAAAUCUGUUGCUACACUCUUAGAGUCGACAACCUCUAAGAUGCAACAACUUCAGAGAGCAUUUGCUGAGCUGGAAAGUCAUCGAGCAGUGACCCUUGGCCUGAAAUGGAAACAAAUUGAGGAUCAUUUUCAUGGUCUUGAGAAGUCAUUGAAGAGGCGUUUUACCGUACUGGAAGACCAAGAAAAAGAGUUUGAAACAAAAACAACACAAUCCCAACAAAUUCUAGAGAGACGUCAAGCAGCCGUGAUGGCCAAAGAAGCAGCCUCAUUGGAGAGACUUCAAGAGAAGCGAGAUGCCGCUGUUGUCACAAUCGCCGAUGCCCUCGCAAAACGCACAAAUGGGAUCACACAACCCGAUGAUGUGAAAAAGUUAUCUGAUAGUGAUGUGAAAGCACUAACAAAUCCCCAGCUUGCCAAACUAUGCGAGGAGAACGACGCACAGGGACUCCACAAAUUCAUAUCGGAUAACCGAAAGAAUCUUGCUUCUAUUAAGGAGGAGAUUCCGAUUGCAUUGAAGGCUGCAGCGGAUCCCGGUGGUCUGGUUUUGGAUUCACUAAACGGUUUCUACGUAUCAUCAGAGGAUGGAAAAAAAGAUUCAAAUCUUUUAGGUCAACGGCGAACAUGUAUCAUGUUGAUGGAGUGUCUUAGCAUCUUGUUAACAAAUCUAGGUGACGAGUCUGUUUCAAAGGUUAUCUCUAAAGCUGUGAAGGACCGCGCGAAGGUUAUUGCUGAAGAGUGGAAACCAAAGUUAGAUGGUCUUGAUGUGGAUGCCAGUAAUGGGAACUCUUUGGAAGCUCAUGCUUUCUUGCAACUUGUUGCCACUUUUGGUAUUGAUUCUGGUUUUGUUCGAGAAGAUUUAUCCAAGUUGAUACCAAUGGUUUCUCGCCGCCGCCAGACUGCUGAUCUCUGCCGCUUUCUUGGGUUGUCAGAGAAGAUUCCAAGUGUAAUUGACGUGUUACUGAAUAAUGGAAGGCAUAUCGAUGCUGUUAACUUAGCAUUUUCGUUUGAGCUUACACAACGGUUUUCUCCAGUUUUAUUACUGAAAUCAUACUUGACCGAGUCAAGGAGAGUCCCGUCAGUCAUCAAAUCACCAAAUUUGUCUCCUAAUGCACAGAAUGAUGUCAGUGAGAGAGAGCUCUUUGCACUAAAAGCAGUUAUCAAGUGUAUUGAAGAUCACAAGCUUGAAGACGAAUACCCACCGGGCCCGCUUCAAAAACGAAUUCUUCAUCUAGAGAAAGCAAAGGCUGACAAAAAGCAAGCCACAGAAGUUUCAAAGCCUCAACCCAAAAGACCCCGAGCCAACGGCAUUAGCAUAGCACCCCGACACACUAACAUUGCUGCUGCUGACAAGAGCUUCUAUGGUAGGAUGACAGAUAACCGGUAUGCGCCGCCAACUCAGUACAUGUAUGAAAACAGACCGUAUGCUUAUAACAUGGCCACUGCACCUUAUAACAUGCCUCCUAACCGCGCCCACUAUUUCCCGACUGCGUACCAGUACCAGGCUCCUUAUCUUCACUAAGGUUCUAGGCAAUGGUAAGAAAGUUAUUUUAACUUGUAGGAGUUAACCCUGUUGGAUUAACCAGAUGUUUACUGUAUUAGUAUGAAAAAAAAUGUUAAGGGUCUGUUUAGCUCUAAACUUGGUUGUAUUAGCUGACACUAGAAAUGUAAUCCUCUAAUAUAUGCACUUAUGUUAUUUGUGUC